AUGGACUUGAAUAAAGGCUCGCUCAGUCCCGCCGGUCCAUCCAUGCCCGACACCACUCUCCCACCUCACCCAUCAUCAUCUCACACCCUGCGCCUACACCUGCAAAUACCAUUAGCAUCACGUCAUCUCAAAACCAUGAUGAGCGAGGAAUACUACAACUCCUGGGAGGAGCCUAGCAAAUAUCCGCGGAUACCCAACGUCUAUGAGCCCAUAGACAGCGUUCCAUCUCGCAACGCUCACGACACCAACACUCGGCCUCUCAACCGAGACAAGACAAAGGCCAUCGCAGUCAAACUGAAUAUCGAUAGCCAUCGCCGGUCAACUUCACUGCGACAAUCCCCUGACUUUGAAAAUUGGCCAGACCACAGGGCACUUGAGGACGAUCAAGCGAAUUGGUCCGUCGCAGCACAACUGGGGAGCAGUUAUACCUGGAGCGAUGAUUCCUUCAACUGGCGUCCGAAACCGUCAAACCCGUCGCAUCCGCCGCAGCGUGAAACAGACGAGCAGAGGCGAGCAAAACGGCAGUCAAGUUUUGAGAAGUGGAUGAAUGCUGGCGACAAACUCUUCUGUCACUCACAGAAGGCCCGGUCAUGA